GCUCUGAAUUUGUAUGUGAUGCUGUCCCUACUCUGCUGCAGGAUUAGCCAAGUGCUGCUGUGUCUGACUUACUGGUCCUCCUUUGUGCUCCCAUUGGGCUUACCUGAGCACCGGCUGCACAGUUCUGAUGGGCUUCCAUGUUUGCUAGGCUCAGGGUGAGCUGAAAGCUGUAAACGCAUGAGGUGCAGGUUCUCCAUUCCAUGCACCCUCCUCUCUCCCUAACCCUAUGCAGGUAUCUGAAUAGGCUGUAGGAGAGUACAUAUGCUGUUUCUGUCUGGAUUUUUUUUUUUUUUUUUUCUUCCCCCUCUUCUAAUUACCUGUUUCCCCAAGUGGUAUCUGGGCAGCAGCAGGUCUUUCUGUCUGCACUUUCACACAAAAUGCUUCCUCCAUAUUAUUGACCUGAACAGCCUGGAAAGCUGAUCAGCUGUGCACAGAGAUCCUCUGCAUCAUUCACCUGCUAGUGCAUCAGGUCAGCAUCUCUCCUCUGCUAAUUUGGAAUGGGAAGAAUAUGGAAGUGAAGCAGUGCCCAGGGACUUAGAAUGGUGUGAUUGACAGCAUUCUGGAGUUUGAUUAUUUACUCCUAGGGGUCAUCUGGAGCUUGAGAGAGAGUAAUUCAGAGGGAAUGUCUCUGAGUCAGAUAUGUGUCCAAAGGAGGAAAUGGCUUGUGGAAGUCCCAUGGUGAAGAUGCUAGUAAACCCUGCCUGUUGGAAGUGAUAGUGAUUAUGGGAAAACACAAUGCAGAAGAUCCAAUAGCAAUGGAGUAAGUGGAGGCUGAGGAGGAGGGAGUGGCUAAUAUGUGUGUAAAACCCAGAGAAGCAAAGUAUUUUUAGGAUGCAGUUUGCUGAAUGGAAGAGGGGAGGAAAGACUCCAAAUCCCCUUUGGCAAAUUAAAGAAGCUUCAUCUGCCCCAUUCUGCAGGAGUGUGCAGGGAGAUGGUAUCCUUCUCUUCCCUUAUUCAGAGGCAGGUUGUAGCUGGUUUAAUUGUUUUCACGGUCAGAGGUUUGUGUUUUCCUGGCAGCUCCUCCCAAUGUAUGACAAAUGUUGCAGUAAUGCUGGGUUUUCUUUGUGCUCCCUGUAGAACUGGAUAAGGAGGUGCAAGGUGGGGAGGAGGGAGUUGUUAGGGUCUGCUCUCAUCAGAGCUGCAGUGUACAGUUGGGGUCCAGGAGAGUGGUGAGGUGCACUUUAUUGUGCCUUGUUUGUUUACUCUGAGCUGGUCUUGCUGUGAGCUGCUUCUCUGUGCACAUAGAAACCGUUGUCUUUAUUGACAGAAGCCCUGGAGGUAGGUCCUCAUGUGACAGCAGUUCCUGGGAUCUGGCAGGUCUGUAGCUUGCCGUGGUGCCUUCUUGAGCAGUGAGGUCCCAUCUUGGAUAAUAACCCUUUCAGGGCAUGUUCAAAAAAGCACCUGCAUGACUUGAAGCUUACAGGCAUUUUUUAUUUGUCAGCAAUUGCCUUAGGUUGCAAAGAAGGUGGCAGUGGUUUUUUCUGCCUCUAAUCUGUUCCUAUAGGGUGGAAUGAAUCAAUGGUGUGAUUUGUCACUAUUUGUUUCCUUUUCCUUCCUUUGCUCUGUCCCCAGUAGCCCCAAAUCAAAGCAGGAGGUGAUGGUCCGUCCCCCUUCAGUGAUGUCCCCGUCUGGCAACCCCCAGCUGGAUUCCAAAUUUUCCAACCAGGGCAAACAAGGGGGCUCAACCAGCCAAUCCCAGCCCUCUCCCUGUGACCCCAAAAGUGGAGGUCACCCCCCCAAAGUGCUCCCUGGCCCAGGUGGGAGCAUGGGGCUGAAGAAUGGGGCUGGAAACGGUGCCAAGGGGAAGGGGAAGAGAGAGAGAAGCAUUUCAGCAGACUCCUUUGAGCAGAGAGAAGCUGGGACUCCCAAUGAUGACCCUGAAAUCAAAGACUGCAAUUCUGCUGAUCAUGUGAAAUCCCAGGAGUCUCAGCAUACACCACACUCCAUGACACCUUCAAACACUUCAGCCCCAAGGUCUUCCACACCUUCCCAUGGCCUGGCUGCCACUUUGGAGCCAGCAAGUGGGCAGAAGACUCCAUCCAAAGUGGUUUAUGUCUUUUCUACUGAGAUGGCCAACAAGGCUGCAGAAGCUGUGCUGAAGGGACAGGUGGAAACCAUUGUGUCCUUUCAUAUCCAGAACAUCUCAAACAGCAAGGUGGAACGAAACACUGUACCCUUGAACCCCCAGAUCACUGCACUUCGGACUGAACCCAAGCCCCUGCCGCAGGCUCAGCCUCCUGCUGCCCAGGACCAGAACCCUCCCCAGAAUGCCAAAAUGCAGCCGACUCCACCCUUGUCAGCACCUGUAUCCAAAUCCACUGCCCCCCCAUGUCCCAUAGAUCAGGACAGUCCGAGCGUUGAAAGCAAAGUGAUGUCUGUGGGCAGCCCUGCCAACUCUACCCCGUUGCAGACAGAAGGAUUUGGGCAGAGUUCAACCCCCAAUAAUCGAGCAGUCAGCCCGGUUUCCCAAGGUAGCAAUAGCUCCACUGCAGACCCCAAAGGUCCUCCACAGCAGGUGUCUGGUGGGGACCCAGCCAGUUUGGGUGAGAAUCCAGAUGGACUGUCACAGGAGCAGCUGGAGCAUCGAGAGCGCUCGUUGCAGACCCUGAGAGACAUACAGCGCAUGCUCUUCCCCGAUGAAAAAGAGUUUGCAGGAGGGCAAAGUGGGGGGCCACCUACAAAUGCUGGGGUUCUGGAUGGUCCCCAAAAGAAACCUGAAGGGCCGAUACAGGCUAUGAUGGCUCAAUCCCAAAGUUUAGGCAAAGGUUCAGGGUCUCGGACAGACGGAGGGGCCCCAUUUGGCCCUCAAGGACACAGGGAUAUGCCUUUUUCCCCAGAUGAAAUGGGGCCACCACCAAUGAACUCCCAGUCAGGACCUAUAGGCCCAGACCACCUGGACCACAUGACUCCUGAGCAAGUGGCGUGGCUCAAGCUGCAGCAGGAGUUCUAUGAGGAGAAGAGAAGGAAGCAGGAGCAGGUGGUGGUGCAGCAGUGUUCCCUGCAGGACAUGAUGGUCCAUCAGCAUGGGCCACGUGGAGUGGUCCGAGGCCCUCCUCCUCCCUACCAGAUGACCCCUGGGGAGGGAUGGGGACCUGGGGGUCCAGAGCCCUUCCCUGAAGGCAUGAACAUGUCGCACUCUCUGCCCCCCAGGGGCAUGGCCCCGCAUCCCAAUGUGCCUGGGAGCCAGAUGCGCCUGCCUGGUUUUGCAGGAAUGAUGAACCCUGACAUGGAGGGCCCCAGUGUCCCGAAUUCUGCCUCACGGCCUGGGCUUUCGGGAGUUAGUUGGCCAGAUGAUGUGCCAAAAAUCCCAGAUGGCCGAAACUUCCCUCCUGGCCAGGGUGUCUUCAGUGGCCCUGGCCGAGGGGAGCGGUUCCCCAACCCACAAGGUCUGCCUGAAGAGUUGUAUCAGCAGCAGCUGGCUGAGAAGCAGAUGGGCCUCCCUCCUGGCCUGAACAUGGAAAGCAUCAGGCCCAGCAUGGAGAUAAACAGAAUGAUGCCCUCCCAGAGACACAUGGAGCCUGGGAACAACCCCAUCUUCCCUCGCAUGCCAGUGGAAGGGCCAAUGAGCCCCUCCAGGGGGGACUUCCCAAAAGGAAUACCCCCACAAAUGGCCUCUGGCAGGGAGCUGGAGUUCGGGAUGGGCCCUGGCAGCAUGAAGGGGGACAUGGGCAUGAGUGUCAGCAUGGGCUCCAAUCCGCCCCUGGUCCCUCAGAAGCUGAGGGAGGCAGGAGUUGUGCCAGAAGAGAUGAUGAAACUGCGCCCCGUUGUGCCGGAGAUGCUCUCCUCUCAGCAGAAAAUGGUGCCACUGCCGUUCGGAGAGCACCCGCAGCAAGAGUAUGGCAUGGGUCCCCGGCCUUUCCUCCCCAUGUCUCAGGGCCCAGGAGUCGGUCUCCGAAAUCUCAGAGAACAGAUCGGGCCUGACCAAAGGACUAACAACCGGCUCAGCCACAUGCCGCCACUACCUCUCAAUCCCACCAGUAACCCUAAUAGCCUCAACACUGCUCCCCCUGUGCAGCGCAGCCUAGGCCGCAAGCCCUUGGAUAUCUCUGCAGCCGGUCAGGUGCAUUCACCAGGAAUCAACCCUCUCAAGUCCCCCACGAUGCGCCAGGUCCAGUCUCCCAUGAUGGGGUCUCCCUCGGGGAACCUCAAGUCCCCUCAGACGCCCUCCCAGCUGGCAGGAAUGCUCGCGGGCCCCACUGCUGCAGCUGCUGCUGCCUCCAUUAAGUCCCCCCCUGUCUUGGGGUCUGCUGCUGCUUCUCCUGUCCACCUCAAGUCUCCGUCUCUCCCUGCACCUUCUCCUGGAUGGACUUCAUCUCCAAAGCCUCCUUUGCAGAGCCCUGGGAUUCCCCCAAACCACAAGGCGUCUCUCACCAUGUCCUCUCCAGCCAUGCUGGGGAACGUGGAGUCGGGUGGCCCACCUCCUUCCACAGUCAGCCAGUCCGCUCCUGUGACUCUCCCUGGAAACCUUCCCUCUAGCAGUCCUUACACAAUGCCUCCAGAGCCGACCCUCUCCCAGAAUCCCCUCUCCAUUAUGAUGUCCAGGAUGUCCAAAUUUGCCAUGCCCAGCUCUACUCCACUUUAUCACGAUGCCAUCAAAACUGUGGCCAGCUCAGAUGAUGACUCCCCUCCAGCACGCUCCCCAAAUUUGCCACCUAUGAACAGCGUACCAGGAAUGGGCAUUAAUUCUCAGAAUCCUCGAAUUUCAGGUCCAAACCCAGUGGGUCCAAUGCCAACCCUUAGCCCAAUGGGAAUGACCCAGCCUCUUUCCCAUAACAACCAGAUGCCCUCUCCAAAUGCUAUGGGACCCAGUAUACCUCCUCAUGGGGUCCCUGUGGGACCUGGCCUGAUGUCACACAACCCGAUGAUGGGGCACAGUUCCCAGGAGUCUCCAAUGGUACCUCAAGGACGCCUGGGCUUCCCACAGGGGUUCCCUCCUGUACAGUCCCCACCACAGCAGGUGCCAUUUCCACACAAUGGGCCCAGCGGUGGACAAGGCAACUUCCCAGCGGGAAUGGGCUUCCACGGAGAAGGACCUCUGGGGCGUCCUACCAACCUGCCCCAAAGUUCGACAGAUCCAGCACUUUGCAAGACUGGAGGCCCUGGUGGUCCAGACUCCUUCACGGUUCUUGGAAACAAUAUGCCUUCGGUUUUCACCGAUCCGGAGCUGCAGGAGGUGAUCCGUCCUGGAGCCACGGGAAUACCUGAGUUUGACCUGUCCAGGAUUAUCCCAUCAGAGAAGCCUAGCCAGACACUACAGUAUUUCCCUCGUGGGGAGGUGCCGGGCCGCAAGCAGCCGCAGGGUCCUGGGCCUGGCUUCUCUCACAUGCAGGGGAUGAUAGGAGAGCAGGCCCCGAGGAUGGGACUAACACUGCCCGGCAUGGGAGGCCCUGGGCCAGUGGGAACUCCGGAUAUCCCUCUUGGGACGGCUCCAUCCAUGCCAAGUCAUAACCCGAUGAGGCCGCCCGCCUUUCUGCAGCAGGGCAUGAUGGGGCCACACCACCGCAUGAUGUCACCAGCACAGACGGCGAUGCCUGGGCAGCCCGCACUCAUGAGCAACCCUGUGGCCGCCGUAGGCAUGAUCCCAGGCAAGGACCGAGCCCCUGCGGGGCUGUACAGCCACCCGGGGCCUGUUGGGUCACCUGGCAUGAUGAUGUCAAUGCAGGGCAUGAUGGGACCCCAACAAAACAUCAUGAUUCCCCCACAGAUGAGGCCCCGAGGUAUGGCUGCUGACGUUGGCAUGGGAGGAUUUAGCCAAGGCCCUGGAAACCCAGGGAACAUGAUGUUUUAAGCUGCUACCGUAAGACUGGAUGUUCUGAUCCUUGUCAAGAUGAGAUUCCAAGUCCUGAGGGCUUUUUUGAGAGCUUCAGGAGUACAGUUUGGCCAUGCAAUAGGUGAAAAGAGACCAGAGGACGCUUUGGGAAAUCUCGAAUGUAUGGAAUUACCUUAAAAAAAAAAAAAAAAAGGAAAAAAAGAAAAAAAAUCAUUUUAACAGGUUGGGUUUUUUUUUUUUUUGUUGUUUUUUAAGAUUUAUUUUUUAAAAAUUAUUUUUGUGGACUUUGGUAUCCCGUGAGGCACCUGCUUUGAGAAUCUGUAGCUGUAUUUUGAGAAUUGCCAUUUGUCACAAGUUGCACCAUUCUCUGUAUGUUUACGUCCUUCGGACUGGCUUCUCCCAGGACUCUCGGUUAUUUUGGUUUUUUUGUUUUGUUUUGUUUUUUUCUUUGUGUACUGUACUAUAUUGUAAAAGGGAUUUUAGCAGAGACUUUAGUCUUUGGGGUGAGAGGAGAAUGGGAUUCUAGGCUGUUUAGGUGGAGAAUCCAUCUUCAGAACUUUGGACUAUUUUCCUUCAACUCCAGUGUAUAGAAAAACCAAACUACGACCUCAGAGCAGAGUAUUAAUGAAAAGCACAAAAAAGGAACUUAAGUUCAGUGAGGGGAAUCUUUUAAAAGAAAUAAAUAAUAAGUUAAGGACAUAUUUUUCAAAUUAUGGCGUGCUGUCCAGCACCUUCUGUCUCUCCCUCCCACUCUUUAUUAAAUAGGCUUCUCUCUCCCUCCGUCCCCCUUCUGUCUCCUCCUAUGGCAGCUGCAAUACAUUGUGUUCUUUUGGGGAGUAAAUCUAGGAGAGCCUCUCCUCAUGUGGGGAGCCUUCCCACUUUUAGGAAAGGUCUGGACUUGGACACUGUUACAUCCUACAGUAGUCUCUCUCACUGUUUCCUAAUCUCCUUUUCUUAGAAACCCCAAGUGAUUUUAUUAAUGUGGGAGUGGAACAGACACUAAAAGUUAUCCAGGAUUUUUUUUUUGCGGUUGUUUUUUUUUCCUCCCCAGCGUAAAACGUUCUGUGUAACCUCCAUUAAAUUUGGUACAAAACCACUUGCCAGGGCUGUGGUGUCAGAAAAAUAAAAUAUAUUGUUUCUUACAAAAA